AUGCGUCGGAUCACCGCUGUCACAUUGCUGCUCUUCUUCACCGCGGGCAUCGCGCAAGCGGAUGACGUCCCGCCCCGGCGGUUCGUUUCUGAAGCGCAUCGCAGCAACGCACCCGCACCUCCGGCCCAGUCACCUGUUGCCGAAGAAGCCACAACCCCGGGCGAGCAGUUCUUCGGAAAUCAGCCUUCGUUCCCCUCGCCCAACGAAGCCCGUCGCACGACUACCGUUCAGUUCGUGUCGAGUAGCCAAGAAGAACCUAUCGAAGAAGAAACUCCCCCAGUCGAACCCGCACCUCCGAUAGCAAAGCCGGCGCACUUGGAAGCCGAACCAGCGCCCGCCCAACCAGUCUUCGCCGAGCCGCAAUCCAAUACGCCGAUCCAUCUCGAACCGCCCGCGGCUCGACCAUUGCCCACGCUCGAGCGCCCCGGGACAAACGCCUCAGCCGACAGUCGCCUAUCCAGCCCGAUGGCUUCGAUCGCCACCAUCGGCGGUAGCCUGGCCGUGGUGCUGGGCCUGUUCUUCAUCAUGGCUUGGUUCAUGCGACGCAAUAUGCCUCGCGGCAAUGCUCGCCUUCCGGAUGAAAUCGUGCAGGUGCUCGGUCAAUCCACCCUUGGGAAUCGACAGCCGGUGCAACUCAUCCGCUGCGGCAACAAACUCGUGCUGCUGGCGACCACGCCCCAGGGGCUGACUCCGCUAACCGAAAUCACCGAUCCGCUGGAAGUCGAUCGCCUGGCAGGGCUUUGCCUGCAAUCGCAGCCCUACAGUGCGACGCAGGCCUUCGGUCAACUCUUGCAUCAGCAGUCGAGUGAUUCCACUGGCAACCGGAACCGAACGUCGGGGCUCGAUAGCCUCAACGACUUGGCCGCCAGCCGACUUGAACAACUGCGAGAUCGGGCUGCGUCUCGCCGUCGCGAGGCCCUCAAUCGGUGGUACGGCAGUUCGGCCCGCCGCUGGAUGGCGUUGAUGGUCGCGGUGUUCGCCAUGUUCGGCUUCCUGCGUUCCGUCGAUGCCCAAGACGCUGAGCCGCCCCAACUACCCACAGUCGAAUCGGCCAACUUGCCGGCCACACUCGAACUACCCGAGCAGUGGAUCGGCGACCCGCGCGAAUGGACCAAGCCCGAGCGGCUCAGUUCCACGCUACAAGUGAUGCUGCUGCUCACCGUGAUCAGUCUCGCACCCUCGGUGCUGAUCAUGAGCACCUGUUUCAUACGCAUCAUCGUCGUGCUCGGUAUUCUCCGCCAGGCCCUCGGCACGCAACAAUUGCCACCCAGCCAGGUCAUCACAUCCAUCGCACUGUUCAUGACGCUCUUGGUAAUGAGCCCCGUCUGGAAACAGGUGUACGACGAUGCGAUCAAGCCCUACACCAAUCAAGAGAUCGACCUGGAAGAAGCGUGGGAGAAGGGCGUGAAGCCAAUGCACCGCUUCAUGAGCCUGCAGAUCGAACGCACCGGCAACAGCGAAGACGUGUGGCUAUUCCUCGAAUACAUGCCCAACACGCCCGAACCCAAAACCUACGAAGAGGUCCCACUGGAAGCGCUGCUACCGGCAUUCAUGCUCAGCGAGCUGAAAACAGCCUUCCUCAUCGGGUUCCAGAUCUUUCUGCCCUUCGUCAUCCUCGACAUCGUGAUCGCUAGCGUCAUGAUCGCCAUGGGUAUGCUCAUGCUGCCCCCGGUGCUUAUCUCCUUACCGUUCAAGUUGCUGCUGUUUGUGCUCGUCGACGGCUGGCAUCUCGUCGUCGGCAUGUUGCUGGAAAGCUUCCAAACAUUCACAGGCUGA